AUGACCUCCUAUGACCGUCAUGCCUCCCACGAUUCCCCCUACCGUACCGGGAGACAUGUUCCUCUCAAUCAAAGCCGACACGAGCCGCUCACAUCUGUCGCAACCAGCGCAAUCGAGUCUCGCCCAGACCUCACUAAUCCCUACGAUGACGAACCCACAAAAGGAUCUGCAAGUGCACAGGCAUCCGAGUGGAAUGGCUCCCCCGUCGACUUGGGCUCUCCCACCCAUCCCUACUCACCAGGGAUGAGGUCGGCCACGUCUCAAAAGAGACGAUCGAACGACCAAGCCGAGGGUACACCGGAGAUUCAGAUGCAAAGUUUCCACGACGGAGGGCCACCGCCGCCGCCGGUCGCUCACUCCUGGAGGAAGAUCGAACGCUGGUUAGAACACAAUUAUGAGGAACUCCUUGACCAGCUCGGUGAAGGAUGUACCCAGAACGAUAUCAAUGAAUUGGAGCACGAACUCGACUGCAGUCUACCAUUAGAGGUGCGGGAAUCGUUAAUGUUCCAUGACGGCCAAGAACGCGGCGGCCUACCCACUGGUGUCAUAUUCAGCGCCAUGCUGCUCGACUGCGAGGAGAUUGUUCAGGAAUGGCGGAACUGGAAGAAGGUCAACGACGAAUAUCUCAGCAAUGCCACUAUGAUGCAAAACCCACCCGCAGCCAGCUCUGCAGCAAGCUCUUCCGCGGCUGGUCCGUCUCAACAGGCCUCGUCGACAAUGUGGCAGUCAGACCUGCUUGACCGUCAGGACUCCCAGCCUCCCGGUGCAGUUCAGAAAGCCUACGCGCACCCCGCUUGGAUUCCCCUCGCCCGUGAUUGGGGCGGCAACAACCUCGCUAUUGAUUUGGCACCCGGCCCCGCUGGAAAAUGGGGUCAGGUGAUUAUUUUCGGACGGGAUUACGACUGCAAAUACGUCGUUGCCCGAUCAUGGGCUGCGUUCCUCGCGACUCUCGCCGACGAUCUGUGCAGUGGCCACGUCAUUGUUGACGAGGAGACUAAUGAGCUGAAGUUGAAGCAAUUCAAGACCGUAGAGCCCCCAUACCUGGAUAUUCUGCGCUGGAGGACGGAUCAGAAGUUUGGCCGCCGUGUACCUCGCCGGAAGGGCCCCGUACCCAAUGGUUUGGGUGUGAACGCUUCAGGUAACCGGUCUAGCAGUCGCGAAUCCCCCUAUGGCAGCCCCACGCGCGCUGAAGAACGGGGCCGUUCACCGCACCGCUUCUCCAAGGGUGGAAAUGCCCAGAGUCCCAAGACGCCAUUCGGCGUGUCCAGUCCUCUUGCACGCGUGACUGAGGAGACCACAAGUCCCAUUGUCACUGCAGGACCCGCAAUCUCCGAAGACGCCAAGGAAAACGGCAAGGAGCCUCAGACUGAAGAUCUCAUGGAGGUUGUAACCCCGCAAAUCUCCAACAAGGAGAAUGAAGGAUUCCUCAAGUCCAAUGAAAUUAAGGAAUCCGAGAAGGCCGACAAGGCAGAGAGAACCGACUCUGCGGAGUCCUCAUCCGCCAUUGAGUCGGAAAUCCUCGGCGAAAUGAAGAACGUGGCAAUUUAG